ACUUCGUUACAUAUUAUCACUCGUAUAUUGAUAAAUAUUUCAUUAUAUUUUUAUUAAUUAUACCGUCUUAAUUGAGAAAUAUAAAUAUAGAGCAUUUAUGCCAUGAACAACGCCGCAUAUUCGGCUUCCGAGAGUGAUGCUUCCGAAAGCGCGGACAAUACGUUUUGUAUAUUUUUGCAUUUGGUAGAAGGAAUUGGUUUACAUCGUCGUGAUGGCAUUGGAGAUUUCACUGAACGCCACAAGGACAAGGUUAUUUUAACUGCAACGCUAAAUGGCGUGAAAUUCGAAGUCGAAGGUCACUCCACAGAGACUGUAACCAUCUUUAAUAGCAAUUGCAUCUGGGAAUGUGAAAUAAGCGAUAUCAAGCGUAUGAAAACUGACAAUCGGCCAGUGAAGCUGGAGAUAUUUAUCAAGAGUGGGAGAACGGAUACUUCCCCUCGUCGCGCGAUUGGCUCUUUCUUACUUCCCAUUAGAGGUGUUCCAGUUAUCGCAAACUUAAAAAAUGUGCAAUUAAAGCUGCAUUGGCAUAAACUUAAUGUGCUGAGCUCAGAAUGGCGGCAAAAUAAACCUGAAAUUUAUUUACUUUUGGUUAUCGUCAAAAAGAAUCUAAUUGAUAGUGGGCAAUUUGAAGUUUUCUUGGGAAAGAAAAAAGGCAUGCUAAAUGACGGACUUUCCCCAAAGGUGUAUGAGACAUCACAGAUGCUGCAGUCACAAAGUAACGUAUACGUACAGCUUCUAGAACAGGUAGGCCUCAUACAAGUGGGCAACAAUCCCGAUAUCGAUUGUGAUAUAUUCAACGUUACGUUGACAUUUAAACAAGUUAAGAAUCUAACGAAAGUGCUUGAAGUGGAGAGUAGUUAUAACCGCCAAACUGGUGCGUUUGUAUUUCACUAUGAUUUCUUGGGAAGCGUUUCACAACUGGAAAUGGUUGUGAACCAGUCUGAUUGCUACCCCAUCAAUGAAAAAAUAUCGCUCACUUUUAAGACGUCACUGAAGAGUUUACGUACUUAUUUUCAACGAAUUUUCUAUAUACCGAUAAGUAUAUAUAUAAAUGGUGGUGUGGUAGCAAUUUAUCGCCUAGAUUUCUCAAAACUCUUACCAGAAGAUUCGUUUUUCAUCACGAGUAAUACCUUUAGCAAAAAUGGCACUUUUUGUUUUGAUCGUCUAAAUAAGCCGUUAAGUCCUCGAGCUGUAAAACCCUCAGUGGAUUAUAUUUUUUCUAUGCAGUUGGUAACAAGCUACUCUAGAAAGUCCAAAAAUGACUUUAUGCCGCUGACUGAGGCUUAUGCGUCUUAUAAGAUCGACGAUAAAGGUGUGGUCGACCUAACCGAGUGCUAUCGAAAUUUGGAUUAUCCCAAUGCAAUGCAUCAAAGGCACGCUCCUUACGAUUCUAGCCAUAUAAGUAGUCGCAAUUUUAAUAAUUAUGAAAUUUAUGAACGCAAUUAUAUGAAAAUGCAGGCUGAUGCUGCUAUAAUUGGACGUGUUUUGGGAGAAAAUAGUGAAUUAUUUGCUAAAUCAUCCGAAGAUUUUUCAAAGUGCCCAAGCACGUGCACGGAUGGUAGCAAGAAUUCCUUAACAACUUGCCAAAGUAAGUCGUUAGUGAGUGGCUGUUCCGAUAAGCAGCUGACUCAAUCACAAAAUGGCAUAUCGAAUGAGGAACAUGACACAGCAACGAACUUAAAUGCUCAAAACAUGUUCAAAAAGUCUUCAACUCGUUCAGUUGGCGUUAAUACCGAACCUUUAGAGACAGAUCCCGAGGAAAUGACAGUGAAAAUAGUACAGGAAUUAGAAGAGUGGAAGACACAACAAAUGGAUCACUUCAUUAGAGGCUUGGAGCAAAAAGAGAUUGAGUAUCUGGCCGAAUUGGAUAAACAGUGGGAGCAACAACGCUCUAUUUUGCAAGCUAGACUAGAAGCGAAGCUUUCCGAGUGUGAAAAAUUGAAUGCGAAAUUGGAACUGGCACACGCGGAACUCAAUGCAAAUGCAUUAAGACAUCAAGAGACUAUUAGCAUUGUGCAAACGGUGAAGCAGGACAUCGAACGAAUUUAUGCGGAAAAAUUUCAAAAAUUGGACGACGAGAUGCAACGUCUCAAGAAUGAAAUUCAACAGCGUGCAGCAGAAAGUGUAGUACGCGAUAUAGAACAAGCACGGCAACAUACCCAAGCGGCGAAUGCCAAUGACUUAGAGUCGGAGGAAAAAUUAGAAAUGAAGAUGCGGAUUGAGCAAUUGGAGAAGCAAUUGGCGACUAUGGAGAACACGCAUUUCUCAGCAGAGCAACUUCAUGGGAUGUUGGCGGACUUGCACAAGCAAACGGAGCGUUUUGCAGAUAUAGAGAAAACUAAGGACUUUUACAAGAAGCAGUGGUCGAAAUCGACGAAGGAAUUGCAUAAGCUGCAACUAGAUUUGUUGAAACAACGAGAAAAGGCAUUGGAAGAAAACAAAGAUGAAAAUGUCAACAUUUGCUUGGAGGAAAUUCUCGAAGAGGAACAAGAAGCAUUGAACAGUGACCGUAACGAAUUGAAAUAUAUCAAGAAUUUACUUUAUGAUUCAUCAGAGUCAGCGUCACUUGACGGCGUGAAUGUCGAAUAAGCAACACUCAACCAUUUUACGUCAUCAAUUGCGCUUUGUUGUGUCAAUUGCACAAAAUUUAACUGUGAUAUUUGAAGGUACUAUUUUGUAAAAUGUAUAUGUAAAAGAUAGUAUUUUUUUAAAGGACAAUAUUAAUUGUCACAAUUAUUGAUAUAAUUUUGUAUGAUGCCAAUUUUUAUUAAAG